UGCUGCGAUCAGCUGUCGGUGUUUACAAGCGGCGGCGCCCAUGUGGAGCAGACCCCGACCUCCCGGGGAAGAUGACGAGGUGGAAGAGAAAAGACACACUACAAUAACCUUACAGGAUGGUGGGCGUGCGGGCGCCAGAGCGCCUGGAGAGCGGUGCGAUGUGCGCGUGGCUGCGGUCGCUGGAUGCGGCAGUGAGUCGCGGAGAGGGAGUGCACGCACCCCUGGCCGCCCCGCCAGCCCUCCUGGCGGCGGCGCUGCACCAGGGCGUCGCCGGGCUCCAGGAGGCCGUGUUGGCGCGGCUGGCGGUGGCUGCGGUCACCGCCGGAGUCAGCCGCUUGGAGGUCCACCUCGAGCACCCGACACUCAUAGAGGCGGUGCUGGAGGCCCUCAGGGCUCACCCUGCUAAUAUUACCAUCCUCAUGCUGACCCUAGGGCCGCGUACUGCCCUAGGAGGAUUACUGAGCGAGUCGCUGAGGGGUAUGAGUGCCCUCACCUGCCUCACACUCACGCCCUCGGCCACAGACGCUCACCUGGCAGCCCUGGCUGUUGCUACCCCUCCGCUGCACACACUUGACGUGUCCUACUGCACUGGCGUGAGCGACAAGGGCAUGAGGUCUCUCCUGGGUAGUCCUGAAGGCACCCUCACCAUGCGGGAGUUGAUGGAGGGCAUGACGUGUGAGGGAGGAGGGCAGGCGCCAGCCUCCACACUUGAGACAGUCAACCUGUGGGGCACGGCAGUGACCACACGAGGGUGUGUGCUGCUCCUCUCAGCGUGCCCGGCCCUCACCGCCCUCACCUGUCGCUGGUCAGGUGAGGCGCUGGACCUGGUGGUGAGGGGAGGGCGUACCGCGCCCCUGGCACUCUCCCAGCUGCUGCUGGCCGAGGUGCCACUUCCACCGCUGGCCCCAGUUGCCUCCCUGUGCCCACACCUGGCCUCCCUGGUGGCCCGCCGCCCCCCGGACACCCUCAGCGUGGGCCAGGUGCUGGAGGCAGCGCCCUCGCUAACAGCCCUCACGCUCCUGCAGUUCGUGCCGGCGCGUGAGGCAUGGCUGCCAGGUGAUCCUGUGCCGCGCCUCACCUACCUCCACCUGUCGCUGCUCGACCCCCGCCCUGUCCACCUGCCCAACCUCGCCCACACCUGCCCCGCCCUCACCCACCUCUAUUUAGAAGGUGUGACCCCGACGCUGCCCCAGCCAGACCUGCCGGCACCCUCCUCCACCCUAGAGACUCUGCGCAUCAUGACGCCGCCCACCAUGAACCAGGCGCUAGACCCCGAGGUGGUGGUGUGGGCGGUGGUGUGGGCGGCCACGGCCACCAGUAUAGACCUGGGCUACUGUGAGCGUCUCACCGACCACCACCUUCACCAGGUCCUGCAGCGUGGCGCCCUCUCACAGGUCGAAGAUUUGCGGUUGUCUGGGGCGUCACAGGUGACGGAGGAGGGCGUGGACACCCUGGUGGCCUCGUGCCCUCGCCUGCGUCGCCUCGCCCUCAAGAUGCUGCCCAAGGACCGCCUCGCCCAGCUCGAGUCUCUCAAGGUGAAGAUCCGCCAAAAGAACCUCGAUCUUGAGCUGAUCACCUACGGCUGGAAGUUCUAAAGAGUCUAAGAAGGAGACUUUCUCGAAGGAGGAGGAGGGGGGGGGGGUCUCAAUUGGACUUUCAGUGCCAUAUCGUACAAUUUUUUGUAAGUUUCAAAAGUAGCUUAAGUGAUUGUUUAGUGAAGCGGUAAAUAUGAAACUUUUUAAUGUUGAUAUAUAUUUGGAUAUAUGCACAUGUUUAUUGAUUGGGUAUAAUGUGUGCUUGGCUUAUAAUUGGUUUGAUAUUUAUACCACCGUGGGAGGCUGUAUAUGUGACCCUUGAAGGUGUUCUGGGGUACUGGCUGCCAUGGGCCGGGAGCCCACACUGGCGGUGCACAAAGGCUGCCACAGUGUUUGAAUUAUUCACAUUUUGACAAAAUAUCUAAAGUUUGCUUACUGUAGUAGCGAAUGCCCAUGAUUGUAAACUUUCCACCGCCGCCCCUGGGAUGGGUGAGGGUGUAUGGCGAGUAACUAUAUGUAAGAAUCCACUAGGAAAAUGCAACCCGUUCUCACACCAGGCUGUUUAAAGCAGUGGCCGGCCUCCCCUGACGCAUUCAUCAAUUUUAACAUACUGUAUUAAAAAUUUGUUAGUUCUCAUAUAUAAAUUAAUAUUCUU